GUAUGUAUGUAGAUUUGCUGAAUGACCAGGGCCGCGAAUGUGUAUACAUAUAAAAAGAAGGGGCGACAUGUCAAAAGCAUCAGUUGCUCUGUGUCUUCAGACGAAUCUACCAACAUGAAAUCUUUCGCUUGCGUUGUCCUCCUCGCGGCCGCCGCUAUGGCCGCCCCCGGCACACAGGGGCAGCGCGACAAGCGCGGCUACCUGUCCGGCUGGUCGUCGCUGGACCACCACGACUACAGUUUGGACUACGCGCCCGCCGUCUCCUACAGCCUGCACGAGCCGCUCCACAGCCUGAGCAUCGCGCCCGCGCACAAAAUCGUAUCAUACGACAAGGUCGUGCAUGAGCCUAAGGUUGUGAGCGUAAAGAAAAUAGUGUCUGUCCCGAAGUUGGUUACCGUGCCCAGGGUGGUCUCCGUCUCCAAGAUCGUAGAGGAACCCCACAUCUCCUACAGCAGCAUCGGAUCCAACGGCUGGUGGUGAACAACUCAACCAAAUU